AUGGUCCACCCACACCCGCCCACCAACGGCUCGCGAGACGACCCACCUGACACGCUCCCCUCCGAGUCCCUCGCUCGCUCAACUCGCUCCCCAGUGAGCGCCUCGCCGAGACCACCACCGACACUCGACACGGCCUCGCACUCGCCCACAAAGCGCCGCCGCACCCUCGACCCGAAACCUUCACCGCCUCGUCACCCCCACUCGCCCCUCGCCCUCUCGCUCGCCGGGUCCACUGCCACAGCCGCACUCGACGCAGCCAUCGAGCAGCCUCACCCACCCGCCGACCACGACGCCGCCGACGAGCUCGAGCGCGUCAAGAACGGCGCCUACGGCUACCUCGUCCAGGACGUCCAGUGCUGCACCGCGCGCGCCUCGCACCCGCUCAAGCCCCUCCUCACGGCCCCGCUCAAGUGCCAGGCGUGCACGAGCCGCCACUCGGGCUUCACCUGCGCCUUUGUCGGCCUCAGGUCCUUCCCGCUCGACCGCGACGAGCGCCCACAACCGUACCCGGCUUUCGUCGACGCGCACGACGGCGAUGACGAGCGGCCCGUGUUCCCCCUCGGCGCCGCGCCGGCCGCCUCCUCUUACUCGAACUCCUCCUCCUCGGCGCCGACUUUCACCGCCCCGACGUCGACCGCCGCCCCUCCCUCGUUCAACAGCCCCCUCACCCCUCACCACGCCCACCUCCUCCGCACCACCGCCGCGACCCACCUCCCCGCCCACCUCGCCCUCGAGCUCGCCCACGCCCACCUCCCGACCUGCGCCCGCGUCGCGCGACGCACCCUCGCGACCCGCACCACGUGCGAUGGCUGCAACGCCGCCGUCUUGAGCGGGAGCUGGAUCUGCACCAGGUGCGGCAGGGAGUACUGCCUCGCGUGCGGGGCCGCACUCGGGGCGCUCGCGGCUCGCGCGGCGGCGGCGGCGACGGCGGCAGCGGGGGCGGGAGAAGGCGGCGAGGACGACAAGGACGAGGGCACGGCGGCGCGCGAGGACAAGCUCACGCGGUGCAAGGCAGCGCGGCCCGUCGCGCGCCACGCGCUCGACGACCUCGUGCCGCUCGCGCGCAUCCCGGCCCGCGAGCUCAGGCGCGUGCAGGGCGCCAUGGAGCGCUGGGUCGCGCAGCACGGCGCUGCCGCGCAGCAGAAGAAGGAGGAGGAGGAGGAGGAGGAGGAGGGGGAGGAGGAGGAGCGGGCACGGGCGGGCGAGGAAGAGUGGGACGCGUGGGUCGAGCGGCACAGGGUUACGAGCGGCGGCGAGCGCGAGGCCGAGCGCGGCAGGCCGUCCGUCAGGCUCGGCGCCGGGCUCGUCCCGCCGCGGCUCGACGAGGGCUGGCGCCGCGCCGCCGCUGCGCCGCGCGUCAACGGCGAGGGCGGUGGGAGCGAGGCCGCGGGCGAGAGCGACGAGCGCGACGACGACGCUCCGCCGGGCCGCCUGUCGCAGGAGGCGCUGUUCCGCAAGCUGUGGGCGCGCGGCGAGCCGAUCCUCGUCGACCUCGAGGUCCUCGAGCGCUCGUCGUCCACCGCCACCUCGACCACGACGUCGGCCCCGACAACCGCCGUCGCGGCCACCGCCACCUCGCCGUCAGCCCCGUCAAGCGACGCCCCGCAGCGCACCGACCCUCUCCCCUCCUCCUCGUCCUCCUCGCUCCCUCCCGCCGCCGCUCCCGCCGCCCCACCCGCGACACACGGCCUCCCCGCGCUCCCCUGGUCCCCAGCCUUCCUCGCCGCCGCGUACGGCGACCGCCCGUGCACGGUCGGGAGCAACACGCGCGACGACGCCGCGUACGGCGACCGCCCGUGCACGGUCGGGAGCAACACGCGCGACGACGAGCGCCACACGACCGUCGGCCGGUUCUUUGCUGGGUUCGGCAAGGCGGGCCGGCGCUCGGGCAGGGAGGGGGCGGACUGGCCGGCCGCCAAGGACUUUCGCGAGUACCCCGAGCUAUGGCACGACUUCAUGGACGUCCUCCCCGCCGGCGCCAUCACGCGUCGCGACGGCGUCCUCAACAUCUCGGCGCACGUGCCCGUCAACGCCAACCCGCCCGACUUGGGCCCAAAGGGCUACUUCUCGGAGAUCUCGGACGACGGCGAGGGCGGCAACGGGUCGACCAAGCUGCACAUGGUGAGCAUACGGCGCCGUCACAUGGGCUCGUCCUGCCCGCUCGACGUCGCCGACGCCGUCAACAUCCUCAUGUGGGCGAGCGACAUGCCCGAUGGCUUGCCCGGCGUCGCCAUCUGGGACCUGUACGCCGCCGAGGACGCCGACAAGAUCCGCGACUUUCUCUACGGGCACAUCGCCAAGCUCGAGGGCUUCAAGGACGCCGACGAGGCGCGCAAGAAGGUCGACGACCCCAUCCACACGCAGCGCAUCUUCCUCUCGGCCCCGCUGCGCGCCGCCCUCCUCGCGUCGCACGGCGUGCGCUCGUUCCGCAUCCUGCAGCGCCCGAACGAGGCCGUCUUUAUCCCCGCCGGGUGCGCCCACCAGGUGUGCAACCUGAGCAACUGCAUAAAGGUCGCGACCGACUUUGUCAGCGUCGAGAACGUCGCCCGGUGCUGGAAGUUGUCGGACGAGUUUCACGCGCAGACCAAGUCCAAGAGCCUGUGGUGCCCGGACGUCCUCGAGCUCAAGAGCAUGCUCCUCUGGGCCUGGUACUCGGCCGAGCGCCUCGACGACGCGCAGGACGCGAAGCUGGGCUCGACGAGCGGCGCAAACGGGACGACGAGCGGCGUGCAGGACGUCAAGACGAGCGGCGAGGAGGCUUGA